AUGAGUUAUUCAUGCAAUGUAGUGGUGCCCAAUCGUUUCUUGUUACUAGUCGUAGUAGUAUUAUCACUCGCUCUGACCGCAAACGCGAAUUAUUUCGAAUCGCUCCUCGAGCUACCGCGAAGACAGUCGCGCUCGACCCGACCUAGAUCCGAACGGGUCCUCCACGUCGGCCAUUUCGGAGCAAAAGGCAAUGGCUUCGACGACGACACCAAAGCGUUUGCAGAUGCUUGGAAGGCAGCUUGUUCGUCUAAAUCCAAAACCAGAAUCUUGGUCCCAGAAAACUGUUCUUGUCUUGUUCGGCCCAUUGAUCUCUCGGGACCUUGUAAAGCAAGACUCACUCUUCAGAUCUCUGGUACAAUCAUUGCUCCGGAUGACCCAGAUGCUUGGGAAGGUCUAAACCUUCGGAAAUGGAUAUACUUCCAUGGCGUGAGCCGCUUUACCGUCGAAGGAGGCGGCACUGUAAAUGGAAUGGGGCAAGAAUGGUGGAGAAGUUCUUGCAAACACAAUCAUUCCAAUCCUUGUCGAGGAGCCCCAACGGCCUUAACAUUCCACAAGUGCAAGAAUCUGAGAGUUGAAAACCUCAGUGUGAUCGAUAGUCAGCAGAUGCACAUUGCCUUCACUAGCUGUCGACGUGUGACCAUCUCUGGUCUAAAGGUCAUAGCUCCCGCCUCUAGUCCCAAUACCGAUGGAAUUCAUAUUAGCGCCUCUCGUGGUAUCGUGAUAGACAACACCACGGUCCGUACAGGAGAUGAUUGUGUUUCCAUAGUUAAAAACUCUUCACAGAUCUCCAUCAGCAACAUUGUAUGUGGUCCUGGCCAUGGCAUAAGCAUCGGAAGCAUUGGAAAAUCAAAAUCUUGGGAAGAAGUCAAAGACGUGACGGUUGAUACGGCCUUCAUAUCUGACACUGCGAAUGGUGUUCGGAUCAAAACGUGGCAGGGAGGAAAUGGUUUGGUCUCAAAAAUCAUCUUUAGGAACAUCAAUAUGAAAAAUGUGUCCAACCCCAUUAUCAUCGAUCAGUAUUACUGCGAUUCCCGGAAGCCGUGUGCGAAUCAGACAUCAGCUGUUACCAUCGAGAAAAUCUCAUUUGUUCACGUGGUGGGAACUUCAGCAUCAAAACAAGCAAUCAAGAUCUCUUGCAGCGAUACUUCACCAUGUCGCAAUAUACAUCUACAAGACAUUGAUCUUGAACCAUCGAACGAUGAUGGUUUCACAGAGUCCUUCUGCUGGGAAGCUUAUGGUUCUAGUUCGGGUCAAGUAUACCCUCCUCCUUGCCUCUCAGAUGAGACAAGCUUCUUAGAACAGUCGGUCCACUCUGGGAUCACAUCUGUAUCAUACCUUUGAAGUCAUGUUUUCACAUUGCAAAUCUACCACGCAUACGCCAAAAUGAUUGAAUUUUCACGUUUUAGCAAAUUCAGUUCAUCAAUCUAUCGCCUUAUGGUCGAGCUUCUCUUGUGAAUCCUGGGGAUCUCCA